AUGUCAGGAACUACCCUAGCCAGGUCAAAUAUAUACCCAACGGAUGAAGAUCUUUUUAUUGCAUACUCGGAAUCACUGCCAAUAAUAUCAUCCACACCUUCGAUUUUGAAAAGCUCUAACUCCUUGUCACCAGAAGAAAGAGAUUCCCAUCCUGCACCGCCUGCGUUUAUUGUUCACAGUGAUAUCUCUAAAACCCACACUUAUGCAGAUGAUCAAAUUAUACCAUGGCGAAAACUGCAUGCCAAGCAAAGAAUUGAGGAAUCAGCGUUGCAAUCUUCACUAACUUCUUCCAACGUGAUGAAAUUUUUAGUUAAGUACAAUCGAUGGCCAAUUAUAAUAACCUCAAGUAUCAUAAUCUCUUUUUUAGCAAUAUUCUUGGACUGGUCGUCUACUUGGCUUAAUGAUAUUAAGUAUGGAUACUGUGAGACCAAUAUUUUUGAUGUUCGUGAAUCAUGUGGAGCCGAAAAGUGGCAUUUCUAUGGAUCGGGCCGUUCAAGCAUAUUACUAGGGAUUCUCAAACUAAUGCUGAUAACCUUGGUUUCAAUUGUUUUGGCACUCAUUGGCUUAUUCAUUUCCAAAACUAGUUUCUGGAUAUCUAAAAGUGGAAUCAGCGAACUAAAAAUGAUCAUUUUAGGACACGUCAACAAUGAGUUUCUACAGCCGUCAAUUAUUGUCAAGAAAUUUAUUGCUCUAAUAUUUAUUUGCUCUUGUGGUGGACUUCUAGUUGGUUAUGAAGGGCCGUUAAUACACAUUUCAUGCGGUGUUAUUAGUUUUGUCAUUGAAAAGUUCUCGUCAUCUUCUAUCUUUUUCCAGAGUUUGAACAACGAAGCAAUCAAAAGAGAAAUCAUAUCGAUUGGAUUUGUGAUUGGAAUAUCCCUAGCUUUUGGUGCUCCUAUUGGAGGACUAUUGUUCUCUAUCGAAAACUUGAGAUUAGGAACAAGAGUGAACACCCUUGCUUGGAACGGGUUCGUGUGUUCGUCGAUUGCAACAUUUAUUUUAGUCGAAAUUCAUCCCUUCAAAAGAAUAUCAAUAAAUGAAGCAUUUAAAGUUGAUAUUGCGAAUGGUUGGAUUUUGUUUGAGACACUACCUUACGUGUUUGUGGGUUUAGUUUGUGGCCUUUUAUCAUUAUUAUUUUGCAAAUUACACAUGAAAUUGAUUGACAUCAGGGCUAAAUUUAAAACUUAUGACGCAAUGCCGAAGAUAAUCUACAAACUUAUUAAUAACUCAUUCGCUGAAAUUUCAUUACUGGUGCUCAUCACCCAUCUAUUGACCUACCCCCUAGAAUUCAGUCCUUUAACACUAAAUAACAUCUUAUCAACUUUGUUCUAUGAUUGUGAUGAAAACUUACCAAAUGGUCACAAUUUGUCUAUAUUCCAAUAUCAAAACAAGCUCUUUGCACUUGCAUACUUCUUUGUUGUACUCUUCUUUCUCAGCAACUAUUCAUAUUGUUUGGAUAUUCCCGGAGGUAUGCUUUUACCUUCUUUAACCAUAGGUGCAACUUUAGGACGUAUAAUUGGUGAACUUGUUCAAAUAAUACAAAUCAAAUCUGGCUCUAACAUUUUUUUGCAGUGCUAUGAGGAAAACAAGAAAUGUGUGUCGCCAGGUUCAUAUGCCAUCGUUGGAGCUGCAUCUUUUUUUGCAGGUUUCACCAACACUUCCGUUGCGGCUGUUGUGAUUGUUUUUGAACUAACAGGUGCUGUAACCUACUUAAUUCCCUUGAUGUUAGGUGUUGUUAUCUCAAAAACUGUUGUUGACAUAUUCGGAUACAAAGGCUUUGACGAAUUGUGGCUCAUGAAAAUCAGCAAGACUUACCUAAGUCCCGAAUUAACGGAAACAAUGAGCUUGUCCCAAUUUUCCGAAGUCCCUAUAUCAGAUGCUAUAGGUGAUUACGAUCCUCAUAUUUUAUACGUGGAUGAUGUGUUAUUGACAGUUAAAGAAUUAUCUGAGAAACUAGAAAGUGUUUAUGAUGAAAAUAACGGGGGAAAUAUUUCAAAUGAUGGAUUUGUGCUUUUAACCAACAGAUUCAAUUGUAAUCUUGUGGGAUGGAUAAACUUCAACGAUUUGAGUCAAAUUUUGAAAUCGAGUAAUUUUGAAAGUGAAAGACUAGUUUCAUUCAUGACGACGUCAAAUGAGAUGAAAAAUGACAAUAUUAUAGAACUGGAUUCUAGUAUUGUUCCUAGCAAUGAAAUAAUCAAGGUCAACGCCGAAUACUCGUUGUUAUCAGCCUAUGAAUUAAUGAACCGGAUGUUAAUCACCAACAUCUUUGUUUGUAGCGACCAAAGAGACGGUUCUGGGUUUAAAGGUAUACUAAGGAUGGCAGACUUGGCGAAACUAAUAAAAAAAUAA